AUGACGUGUACACGAACGUGUUGCCAUUAUUUUUUCGAUGAUUUUGAUUUCUGUGAUUCGUGGGAUUGUUUCGAUCUAUGUUCAUCAACUUACUGCGCGCACCCAAAGAUGCGUCAGAGUAUUUGUAAACCGCAAGCAUCGAAAAACGCACGAAAUACUAAAAAUUCUCCUCAAUCCACACCGCAAGCCAAAAAUUCCUCAUCGUAUUCGAAUAGUAAUAGAAACGAUGAUAAAUCAGACAAGUUUUCUGUUCAACUGGAUGUGACUGGAUACAAUCGAGAUUCAAUCAAGCCCAAAGUGGAAGGUGGGAAAAUAGUCGUUGAAGCUAAACAAGAAGAUCAACUACCAGACGGUGAUUAUAACAUCCGACAAUUAAGAAGAUCCUAUGAAUUGCCACAACAAGCCGAUCCUUCACGCAUGACUUCAAAUGUUUCACCCAAUAAUAUGCUGACGAUUGAGGUGCCUUAUCGUAAUUCAGGAAGCGGAGGUCAGCCUACAAAAGGAAACGGAGGCCAAUCAACAAAAGGAAACUCGUCACAAUCGUAUGGCCCAGCGUCUUCACCGACUGAGUAUUUAAAUUUCCUUAAAAGUGGAGAAUUCAGUCCAACUGUCAUCGAUAAGGACAAUAAUCAAAAGGUUUUAGAACUGACUUUUGAUGUGAAGAACUGUCCACCUGAAGAACUCAAGGUGUCAGUUAAAGAUAAUCUUUUGACAGUUGAAGGCGAACAUAUGGAUGCCGAAAAUAAUCAUUCAAAACGGACACGUUUCGCCAGAACAACAACAUUACCCAUUGGUGCACAGCUUGAGCAAAUGAAAUCGAAUCUCAACAAUGAAGGGCAGUUGAAAAAACCUGUUCCAAGCGAUCCAAAGUGUGUUCCAAGUACAACUCGACGAGCUCUAUCCAGUGGUGUGCUCAGAUUUACCUUACCCCGAACUAUGAUUUUUGGGCUGAUAGAUAGCGCUAGAGAGGCUUUGAAAACUACACUUAGGGCUAUUGCAAAUUUGAGCACACCACUGGAUAGAGCUCGUCGAGUUGUACUUGGAACACACUUUGGAGUGCUUGGAACAGGUUCCUAG